GGGGGGGGGGGCGGCUCUGCCGUGGGGGGAGCCGACAUCUCAGCCCAGGGCCUGAGCACCCGCAGCUGGGAUCAGCUUGGACCCAGCCCGCCCUUGGCCUGCGGCCCUGCAGCCCCGCGAGGGCCGGGCCCCUCCCAGCCCGACCCGCCCGGGAGAGCUCGCUGGGUCCGGGCUCCCGGGGAGCACGGCGCUGUUUCGUAGGGACCCAGGCAGCGCAGGACGGGGACAUGGAGAUGGUGCAGGUGGGCACCCAGUGCCCGAGUGGCACCAACUCCCCUGAGGCCCCAGCCCCCAGCAGCAGCAGGACCAGACGGCAUAAGAUCCAUUCCUGCCUCCGUUCAAAAGCAGUUUGGAUGUGCGCUGGCUGCACCGUAGGGCUGGGGAUCCUGGUGCCAUGUCUGGUAGCGGGGCUGCGUGAGACACGAGAGACACCGCAGCUGAACAGCACCGUGGUACCUUCCUCCAGUGCCCGCUCCCACUUCUAUUGGCAUUUCUACACCGGGGUGUCAGACCCCAGCCCGGACGUGCCGGGCUUCACUGCAAUGAGCUAUGUGGACGACCAGCAAAUUCUCCACUACGACAGCGAGAGGCAGAGAGAGGAGCCGCGCGGGGACUGGGUGCAGGGGGCUGUCGACCCAGACUUCUGGGACAUGGAAACCAGGAGCUUGCAGCAGUGGCAGAAGAGAUUUAAACAGAACCUAGUCACCCUGCGGUAUCGCUACAACCAGACCAGGGGGUCUCACACUCUCCAGUUCAUGUACGGCUGUGAGGUUGGUGAAGACGGCAGCACUGGAGGCUACAUGCAGGUUGGCUACGAUGGGGGAGACUUCAUCAGCUAUGACCUGGGAACGUGCACCUGGGUAGCAGGAACAACACAGGCCCGGGUCACCCAGCAGACCUGGAAUGAGGAUAAGAUCCUUCUUCAGCUCACAAGAUCCUACCUGGAGGAGACCUGCAUUGUGUGGCUGCGGCAGUACCUGCAGCACGGGGAGGCAGCGCUGCAGAGCAAGCACCCCGUGGCAGAGGUGAGCCACAGGCCCUUGUCCUGGGACGGACACACUGCCCUGUCCUGCCGGGUGCACGGCUUCUAUCCCAGGGACGUGGCCGUCGUCUGGCUGGAGAACGGGGAGGCGCAGCCCCAGGAGACAAGGUCUUCAUGGGUCCUUCCCAGUGGAGACGGGACCUACCAGACCUGGGCCACCAUUGAGAUCGACCCGAGCAGCAACCACGACUACACCUGCCGCGUGGAGCACGUGAGCCUGGGUGCAGCCCUGACAGUGUCCUGGGACAAAGGCAGGAGCAAGUCCGACCCGAUGCUGAUUGUGGGCACCGUGAUCGGUGUUGUCAUGCUGGUCAUUGCUGGGAUGGGUGCAGGUGAAGCCCUUGGGGUGAGGCUAUGUCCAUGCCUUGGGGCGGGGGAGCAGGACGUACCCUUCACUGAGGAGGAUUGAUGUUGCUGCUGCUACGUGGAAAAAGGAAACCCCCAAGGAGCAGCGGAGCUGACACCACAUGCUGCUCUUGCCGGGAACAUCGUCCCUGCUCCCAGCCGCGCAGGCGUGAAGGCUGCCACCUCGGAGACGUUUCUGGACAUCUUGCAUCGCGGUGCAGCUGCUGCUACGCAGUGGUGACCGGGGCGCCAUCCCGGGUGGGAGGGGAGGGCACUGGCUGGCGUGACGAUGCCGCAGGGCAUCUCUUUCCAGCCAGGACAGUGUUAUAAUUGAUGAGCCCUGCUUGCUUCCUUGGAUGUCUCCCCUCCAGCUGCCCCCUGCCAGGGGCCUGACCGCAGCGAUGGUAUGAAGAGCACACAGAUUUCGUGAUGAUCUAAUAGUCCUUAUAACUUAUAGUCCCGUUUUUACAUUGUGCUUUUAGCAUAAACACAUCUUUUUGUAUCAAAUACACUUGAAUUAAGGUUUGGGGUGGUUUUAAAAUGGUAUUUUUUAAUGCAAGCAAAAAUAAAAAUGAAUGGCUUGAAUUACAUGGUUUCUACAGACAAACUGAAGAUGGGGCUUGACAAUCCCAGGUUUUAGAUUUACAGCUUUUUAUUUGUUAUUUUCAUUCAGGAUCAAAUGUGUAGGUUUUAUUACUGACCUGUUUACAUUGAGUUUAAUUGUGAUGCCCAGGAUUUGUUUCGGAUGUGACACCGUAAUGAGGGAAGCCUGGAGAACUUUCUGUUGUCUAUUUAAGGAAACAUCCCCAUUUUUACCAUGCCUUGAUUUUUUUGAGUAGUGUUAUCUUUACAGAGUUUUUCUUUAAUUUUGGUCGAUAAGACUUGACUUCUUUUCUUUCUUUUUGAAUUAUUUUUUAUUACUGUCUGAACUCAUGUUGGUGCUUGACUAGCAAGGAAAGUUCAGGCUACACUUGGUUUAAAACAUUCUUAUACGGUUUAUUAUCAA